UAAUCCCGCGUGUAAACGGGAUUUACAUUGGACCUCAUAUCAAUCCAGGAAAGGGGAUAUCGUUACGACGUGGACUAUAGCUAAACUAAAUUGUUUAUGUCAUUUAUAGCGUACAACACAGUUGAACACUGGAAUUACAGUUUAACAGGCGGCGGUGGUAGCUUUUCCCAAGUUUUGCUGUCAUUUCCGUCGAGAUUUUUUUUUUACAGGAGUGGUCUUCGGUCUCGCCAUGGAUUCAGUACAUAUCGUUAUGUCUAGUAACCUGGAAUACCAAAGCGAACAGAGAUAAUCGUCUAACUUUUGUUGUUCUACUUAGUUUGCCAUUGGCGAACUUCGUAGUUUGAUUUUGUACUGCUCUCUUGGACUCGUCGGCUAACUACUUGUAGCCUGCUUUACCUAGUUUCAAAAAAUGGGAUUACACCCUUUGGAGUUCAGUGAGUGUUACCUGGACAGUCCCACUUUCCGUGACAAAGUGAAGGCACAUGAAGCGGAGUUAGACAAAACAAACAGAUUCAUCAAAGAACUAUACAAAGAUGGAAAGAAUCUCAUCAACGCAACAAAGCAGUUGAGCAUGGCCCAACGCAAGUUUGCCCAGAGUUUAGGAGAAUUUCAAUUUGAGUACAUAGGUGAUGCGAAGACUGAUGAUGAAAAAUGCAUUGAUGAAUCGUUAAAGGAAUUUUCUGCCUUUCUGAAGAACCUGGAGGAGCAGAGAGAGAUAAUGAUGCAGAACAUCACAGAGACACUAAUGAAGCCACUGGAGAAGUUCCGAAAGGAGCAGCUUGGUGCAGCAAAGGGAGAAAGAAAGAAGUAUGAGAAGGAGACUGAGAAAUACUACAGUUCUUUGGAAAAGCUUUUGAACAUGUCGGCAAAGAAAAAGGAACCACAAUUACAGGAGGCAGACGUCCAGGUAGAUACCAACAGACAACACUUUCAGGAGUUGUCCCUGGAAUACGUGUGCAAGUUGCAGGAGAUCCAGGAAAGGAAGAAGUUUGAGUGUGUUGAACCGAUGCUGGCCUUUUUUCAGACUGUCUUCACAUUCUAUCAUCAGGGUUAUGAGCUGGCCAAAGACUUCGACCAUUACAAAAGGGCCCUGCAGAUCAAUAUACAGAAUACGAGAAGCCGUUUUGAGGCCACCCGCUCAGAAGUGUAUGAGCUGAUGAAGAGAACUAAAGACACUCCUCAGGAACAUCGGCAGACCAGUGCCAUCAGCAGCGAAGGCUAUCUCUACGUUCAAGAGAAACGUCCCCCGCCUUUUGGCUCCAGCUGGGUAAAGCGCUAUUGCACAUUUGUCAAAGAGCAAAAGAUUCUGCACAUGAUCACCUUUGACCACAAAUCCGGAGGCAAGACAGGUGAAACGGAAUCAGUGAUGCUUAAAUCCUGCCUUCGCAAAACCACAGACACACUUGACCGUCGAUUCUGCUUAGAUCUAGAAAUAACAGAUCGGCCUGGGACGCUGUUAACUGUGCAGGCACUGUCAGAAGAUGACCACAAGUUUUGGAUGCAUGCAAUGGGAGGAAAAGAACCUGUUCAUUAUCUGGGAACAACAUAUUCAAAAGAAAGAGGAAUUGAUGCCCAGCUUGAUGAAAUUGGUCUCUCCUUUGUAAAGAACUCCAUUAACGCCAUUGAGAAGAGAGGAAUCAAUGACCAGGGCUUGUAUAGAGUGGUGGGAGUCAGCUCCAAAGUCCAGAAGUUGCUCAGCCUAAUGAUUGACGAGAAGAGUAAUGAGUUGGACCUUGCUGUAUGUGAAGACUGGGAUGUGAAAACAAUCACCAGUGCCCUAAAACUCUACCUCAGGAGUCUGCCUGAGCCUCUGAUGACUUACGGGUUGUAUAAGGAGUUCAUCAUACCUGCCAAGUCUGGUAGCCCAGAGGCCCGUCUGCAGGCCAUCCACUGUUUGGUGCACAAACUGCCAGAGAAGAAUAAACUGGUACUGGGACUACUGAUGAAGCACCUAUCAACUGUUGCAGCUCACAGUAAACAGAACCUGAUGACCGUGGCAAAUCUCGGUGUGGUCUUUGGCCCUACACUCAUGCGCCCACAGGAGGAAACUGUGGCUGCCAUCAUGGAUCUUAAAUUUCAAAACAUUGUUGUGGAGAUCCUCAUUGAGCAGCAUGAAAAGAUCUUUGGUGAUACUCCUGGUGAAUGUACGGCAGCAGCAGCUGCAGCCUUCUCUGCCCCCACCCGUCAGUCCAAAAAGCUAGGUCGCCAGAACAGACCUCUUGCUGUGUACAAUCCACAGGUGCUUGACAUCCAGACAGUGUCUGUGGAAAGUGAAAGUGUCAGCCCAGCACUUGAUGAGACAUCUCUAGGCAGCAACGAGUCAGUGUCCUCGCACUCCUCAAACACCUCUUACCCGGAGACCCCCCCACAGAAGACUGAAAGACCCCAUGACAAAAAUCUGACAUCUUGUGAAGACUCCUCAGGGAUGUGCUCUGCCACGGCUUCGUGGAUGAACUGUGAUACACCUCCCUCGGAUACGACCCAGGCCUCCUCCACCAAAGCCCCAAGGGCAGUUACGGAUGGUGAGCCAGCAGAGGAAAGUGUCAGCCUGCGGAAGGCCAAGGCCGUCUACCCCUGUGAGGCGGAGCAUGACUCGGAGCUCUCCUUCCAGGCUGGAGCAAUCUUCCAUGAUGUGGGCCCGUCCCGAGAGCCCGGAUGGCUGGAAGGAGUUCUGGAGGGGAAGAAGGGUCUCAUCCCUGAAAACUAUGUGGAGAUGUUGUAACGCAUUCACACACACACACACACACACACACACACACACACACACACACACACACACACACACACACACACACACACACACACACACACACACACACACACACACACACACACACACACGGCACUCCUUUUAUGCAUGGUAUCCAUGGUCACAGUGAGAUUUUUUUUCUUGCUUCAUGUACUUUAUUAAAAACCCAUCUGUCUGUUCUUCAUGAAGAGACAAAAAUGUGCAUUUCAAUUGGACACAGAUUGACUUGAUGAGAGAAGGAGUGAAGAAGAGACAGCAUGUGUGGCUGCUAACGUCACUGGGAGAGAGGUGAAAACAGCACGCUGAUGGAAACCCCAGACAUGACUGUGUGUUUGGGAGCUGCCCACAGACAUUCUGGGCUCCUGGAAUGCAAUAUUUCCUUUGAUUCCCAGCCUUAUUAUCUAUAUUUUAUUUCAUAAUAUCCGUAAGGAAAUUCUGCACGAGUGUUUUUUUAUUAUUUUAUUUGUACAAUGCAUGCAGAUUUUACAACUAUACUUCUUAUAUUCUGGUGUUUUUAAAGGAUAAAGGUCUAUUUUGUUUUGCUUGAUUUUUCAAUUUUGUCUUGUUACCUUAAAAAUAUUUCACUCCAGCAAAAAUGUAUUUUAAUUUCCUCCAAGUUGCCAGUGUCCAUCCACAUUUGACGCCGUCCAAAGGUUUUGGGCAGAGCAAGUAUUUUAAUGAUGUAUAUAAGUGAUUUACUUUAAAAGGCAAAAAUAUAUAUUAUAUAAUGACCUGUGCACUACAUCCAAAUGCACCACUACAUUACACUACACGUCUGAAAUGCUAUCUCUUUGUUGUGGGGGGGAAAAAAGGAUUUCCAGGUGCACUUUUAUGGUUGGGUCCAAUGAAGAUCUCCACUGCUGUGGGGAUCAGUGACUUUAACCACUGUCCAAAUCUUCACCUAUCUUGUUACCUCUUUUCAUUACCUUGAAAGCCUUUUCUUUUUAUGAUCUUCGUCUUCAUGCAAUGUUUGCUUGCUAAUUUAAGACAGAGGUUGAUCAUGUUUGUUUGGUCUUGGAGUGCAUUUCACUUUUAUAUUAUGGGAUAUCCUGAUCAAGGUUAAACCAAUAAAAUGUUUUAUUAAUCACA